CACGACAAUGUAGUCGCGAUCGUAUUGAUUGAUUGGAACGACACGACGAUGAGUCUCACAGUAGGCAAUGCUAGGAUAGGGAUCUCAAGAAUACCCGAAUAUGCAACUUUACUCUAUCGAAAAGCACCGACUAGCGUUGUAACGAUUGGUUCGAUUGUGAUCAGUUAUUUGUUUCGAUUAGCAUAUAACGAUUAUCAAUUAUUCAAAGCGUUAGGAAAAGGAGGAUUGGGGAAACCAUCAAUUUUGACAUGGCUGAUUCAUACGAUCGCAUUACGACCACUUGCGUUGCCAAAGCGGGCUGCGUUUGAUGUGAACACUUUCCCACUUGAUGAUCCUGAAUGGAAAGGUAUGCUGGCCGGCUUGCCAAAGAGGAAGGGAGAAAGACCAUUUGUGUUUGGUAUGAUACCCCACAGACAAUUGGAAGCCAUUGCACCACAAGGAGGUGAUAUUCAAAAAGCGAUUAUCGAUCAUCUCUCUCAAAUUGCUAAACAGAAUCCUGAUUCGAUCACUUUGGCUUUGUCAACGUAUGAAGCAACGGAUUCGCCUUGUUUGUUUGUCAAACAUGGCAAUGGAUCUCCGGCUAAACCAAGCACGAUGGCAAAGUUCUACCUGGCAGGAACUCCAGCACCACAUCUUGCUCUUGAAGGAGACGAACGCAACAGAGUCUUACCACGCGAUCCGACUAAACAUGAAUUGGCACACAUUCAUCUUUCAGAGGGUAGCAUGCAUUUGACUCUAUCACCACAAGAUGCACGUAAAGUGGUCAAAGAAGGAUAUGGAGAGAGACACAGACUUGCUGGAAUGGCGUACAGAGGCAACUAUAUUCCACCGUAUUGGUUACCAAAUUGGAUGUACAAUCUUGUUGGAGGUGAAGCGAAUGUCAGAUGGUCCUAUCAACAAGUUAUGCUCAAUAAGAUCAAGAGCAACAAAAUUCAGCAAGCUGGGAAGUUGGUUCCGCCAACAUAUACCUGCAUAUAUGCUCCGACAAAUGAGGAAGAAUUGCAAUGGACAUUAAAUAUCAUUGAUAGUAGUGUAGCAUGGUCUCUAGGUAGAGAUGUGAUGUAAAUGAAAUGUAUCAUGUGAUCGAUCUUGACUGAAUGUAUGCAUGCAUGA